AUGGACGAUACAGAGACCCCAAUGGGCAACAGUCCAAACCGCAGGACAGACGGCCCCUAUCGCAUGGACACCCCGGACAUUAAGAGGUCCUCGUUCGUCAAUUCCCCAGCAGGUGUCACUCCCCAGGGUGCCCAGACGAUUCCUCGCUGCCUGGGUGAAACGCUGUUUGCGCUAGCUAGCACAGCUACCUUCUCGCCAGCCUGCGCAGACUCCGGUCUGACCUGGCUUCUGAAGGUCAUCGCGGCCAGCGUCUACCAGCCCAUUCAGGAGCUGGGACUCAAUGAGACGGAGAUUAUCUGCCUGAAGGCUAUUAUCUUUUUUAGUCCCAGUGAGUCAGUCUGACAUUGGACUACGAUUAAAGCUGCGCUGUACAGUGGGUGUGCUAACUCGUGAAAUGUUGACUGAAAUUCUGAACUGUGUUUUCGUUUCGAAAAAAUUACUCAAGAAGGGUUUCAAAAAUAAUCAUCUUACAAUAUAAUUCCACGAUAAUUCAGUUACCUCGAAAUGUGUGCUUUCGAAUGAACUCCUUUCCGGCCUCAUGCGAAGACCACACUCUGUGAAAAAUGACUACUCAGGUAGUAUGAAUUGCUCCCAUUUAUUUCAGAUGCCCUUAAAACUUCAAUGAUACUUCAUGGAAAGUAGGCAUACAAAUAUUCAUUUUUUACUCAUUCCGCAGAAAAUUACGUCUUCUUCCAAUUUUAUACCCACAGGAAGGGUUUAACUUGUUUUUCAAAAGUUUUUCAAAUUCUCGAACAAUUUUGAGCCCGACCUGCCGUUACACUUGUAUUCAGGGCUUCCAAUCUACAAGCCGUAUAUUUUCCGCAUACGAAAAACCAUACAUUUCUCUACAGUAUUAAGAGGAGACCAUAUGGGGUUCAUAAAAUUUAGCAGCGGAUUUGAGUCAUAUUGUUAACUUUAAAAGCAACAUUAGUAAAUGCAGAGACAUGAUAUUUUAUGAACGGACAUUUCACGAUCUUAAAAAGUCUCAAAAUCAGAAACUUUUUUAAAGCCGAACUAUACCCUUCAUAGGAGUAUCAAGUUGUAAGAAGACGUAAUUUUCUACCGAAUGAGUAAAAAUGAAUUUCAUGUGCAUGCUUAUCAUGAAAUAUAAUUGGAUUUUUAGGGAAAUCGAAAAUCAAUGGGAAAAAAUCCUGCCACAUAGGUAGUCAUUUUUUACAGAUUGUGGUUUUUGUAUGCGACCGAAAAAUGUUUAUUCGAAAGCCCGCACCUCGAGGUAACAGAAUUAUUGUAGAAUUAGGUUGCAGGAUGAUUGUUUUUGAAACCCUACUUAAGAAAUCUUUUUCAAACGAAAACGCAUUUCAGAAUUUCGGUUAACAUUUCGUGAGCUAGCACACCUACUGUAGGACCCGUGCAAAAUUUGUUCUUUAGAGUGCCAACGUCAGAGGGGACGAAUUUAGGAACUCACUCACAGAAGAUGGCCAAAUCCGACGGAGAUUAAUUUUACAGGUGGCGCUUGCAUGAACAAAGGGGACCGGAUCACCGUUUCUGGCUUAUGGGUCUCCACCACCCAGUCAUACCCCCCCCCCACACAGGCCGGAAGAUCUGAGAUUUUAAUUCUGCGCUGGUUGCUCCUCCAGCAGGUGACUAAAACGCUUGGCUACUUCGGUUGCAGGCUCACUUCCCGUUGGCUGCGAUUGGUGGACAUUCAAGGUCGCAUGAAAAUGACGCUUGCCCGGCUGACAUGACUUCAGAACAUAGUACGGUUGGCUCCGAUUAGUCCUGGAGUCCCAUUCUAGAAACCUUGCGAGCGGUCACGUGAAGCCCAGCGCAGGACGAUUCAGUUGCGAUCGCAUUAGACGCAGCCUGAAGACGUAGCCGAGGUUGGCGUGCCAAUAAGCGUGCACGUCAGCGCGCCAAAAAAGUAGAAGUCUGAUCCCAUUGGCCCAACAGCACUCAAACUUCUGCGAUUGACCAACUUAUUCCGGGGAAUAAGUAAAUACCCACGAUCUAAGCGGUCAUUGAGGGCUUCAUCAAGAAAAAGAUUCUAGCGCCUUCGGUGUCCUCCCUUGGUUGCACGCGAGGCUUGAACGGGGACAUCUCAAAACCCUAUUUUCACAAGCGUCCAAAGCACUUAGUCCACGUAUCCUAAUGAUGGAUGCCGAAAUGACAGUCGGUGAGUACCAGACAGGGUACUGAUUCCCUGUUUUGACUGCUACUGGGUUUGGGGUCGCGCGUGUGAAAUUUUAUAGACUAAGUAGUAAGAGUACUCCAAGCGUCAUACUCCCAAGGUUAGGUGUCCGGAGAAGACUGCAGGCGCCGGAAGGGGGAAUUUAUUGUGAACAGUGCCCCGAGUCGCUGUAUCGGGUAACAAUGACCACUGGCGGGCGAGGGUAUGUGAAAUGUAUAUGUUACUGACAACAUUUUAGUAACGUGUUUGUUUGAACUUUAAUAUUGUAUGUACAGUUUUCAGUAGUCUCCAAAGGCAGUACCCAAUACCCUAGAUACACUAUAUAGAUAUACUAUACUAACUUAUUGCGUUCACUUAGCGAGCGUACUUUGAGCAGCACAACCAGUAAAUUAAGUCGUAAUCGUUAGGACAAGCUAAAGGUUACCAGAUUGUUGUAAACGGAGCUCUAAGCUGCCCUCUUAGCAGCCGCUGCCGAGGCCAGAGCGUGUGCUGACGGUCAGGUCGGAGCGAAGGUGAGACAGUGGUGUCAGCUGCUUCUACAGGCUUUUGGGGAAACUAAUGCAACUGCGUGGUGCCCGAAUGGCCAACAUUUAAUUAUUUGAGGGGUGGACGGCUGUCACUGUCUGGGCGUAGGUGUGUCCUAACUGAAGUCAGUUCAGUGGCUGCAGGUCACUGCGCGGGAUGACAGUUCGACCAUCGGUUUCGAUGAUGUCCACCGUGCGCCCCACAGUUGCAGCAGCAGUGGGAGCAGGGACGAUGACUUACGCAGGGGUUUAUAGUGCCGGUAGACUUGCGUAGCAUCUACCUACACUCUCUCCUCCUCCCUCGCCCGAACCCGGUGUCAAGACAGAUCCAAGAAGACCGGAGACGAGAGAGGCCGCAAGUGGAUGGCUCGGACGGAUCCUCACCUUGGCGGUCCACAACACCCCCUGGUCCACACAACAAACAACCAGGAUUUCAACCAACACAAGAGAGAUUUGGAGGCUGGCACGGCCGAAGCCGCACCUGGACGUGCCGCCAACGCCUGGCUCGGGUCCCACACUGUGAUGGGAGUGCCAUAA